UCUGUUUUUUCGCGGUACCUUUCGUCUGUUUCUUAUUUUUCAACGAACCCUACAGAAUUCUCAGUCUCGUAUGUUCUGUUUCGACCAUCCCCUGUUCCUUUUCUGUUGCUUGUUCCUCUCUUGUACGCAAAUCCAUCACCACGUACCAUAGCAUAACCUUCUUGUCCUCACAUUUCAGCUGUUGGAUUUGUACUAGAAGGUGAAAAUGUUUGGGUUUAGAAAAGCACCAGCACCAACUGAAUCAGAUAAGAAGACAACCCUUACUGCAGAAAAAAGAACUACUUCAGAACCUGUCCUGCCAGUUGCAAAAUCUAAAGGAAACUAUUUCGACGAUGACGACGACGACUGGGGGAGGAAGCCUUCCUCCUCCACAGCAUCAAAGGACAAAGACAGGUACAAGAAUGGUUUCAGCAACUCUGGGGGGCUAGAGAACCAAAGUGUUCAGGAGUUGGAAAACUAUGCAGUGUACAAGUCUGAGGAGACAACAAACAGUGUCAACAAUUGUUUAAGGAUUGCUGAGGACAUCAGAGGGGAUGCCACAAGGACACUUGACAUGUUGCAUCAGCAGGGUGAGCAGAUAACCAGAACUCACAAUAUGGUUGUUGAUACCGAGAAGGAUUUGAGCCGGGGUGAAAAACUCCUAAACAAUCUUGGUGGCAUGUUCUCCAAACCCUGGAAGCCAAAGAAAACCAGAGAAAUCCAAGGACCUAUAAUUACACCAGAUAAGCCAUCCAAAAAGAAUGUACAUAAUAAGGAAGACAGAGAGAAGUUGGGCUUAGCUCCUUUGCCUAAGGGACGCUCAGCCCCUACCACACCUCCAAAUGAAUCAUCCAAUGCCUAUCAGAAAGUUGAACAUGAGAAAGCUAAACAAGACGAUGCACUCGAAGAUCUAAGUGGCAUCUUAGGUGAUUUGAAGGGUAUGGCAAUUGGCAUGGGAUCUGAACUUGACAAGCAAAACAAAGCUCUUGAUCAUCUUGGUGACGAUGUGGAUGAGUUGAAUUCUCGAGUCAAAGGUGCCAACCAGCGUGCACGCAAAUUAGUAGGGUGAAGUGAGUGACAGAUGAUAGACUUACAUUGUUGCUCAGUUGAAUUUUUUUCAUUUAUUGUUUGUGAUUCAUUUGUAUGUUUUAAGAUUUUCCACAUCACUGUGUUACUGAAAGCAUUUGGCAAAUGAUGGAGAUAUUGUUCCUAUUUGAAAUUGUUCUUGUAAUGUUCUUUUGAACAGCAGCAAAAAAAAAGUUGGC